GUCAGCUGCUCAGUAAACAGCUCCAGACUGCUGCUGGCUGCAGCCUCCUGCCUUCAGACAAACAUGGCGAGCAGAGUCCUUCAAAGAGUGGCCACCGGCCUUCAAAGGACGAGAACCGGCUUUCAGGCUACCGUCCCGGUCACCAUCACCUUUAGGGGGCUGUCAGGACUUAAAUCUCUUUUUGUGAGACAAGUCAACCCCAGAAAAGAUGCUCACUCGCAUCUUCUUUCCAAGAAAGAGGACAACAAUCUGUACAAAAUACAAUUUCACAAUGUUAAACCAGAGUGCCUUGAUGCUUACAAUGAACUUUGUGAGGAAGUGUUACCCUCCAUUCAUGCUGAUCCUGAAUACCCCUGUGAGCUGGUGGGUACCUGGAACACAUGGUACGGAGAGCAAGACCAAGCAGUUCACCUAUGGAGAUAUCGGGGAGGAUACCCAGCUCUCACCGAAGUCAUGAACAAACUCAGGCAGAAUAAGGUGUUUAUGAACUACAGAAAUGAGAGGGGAAAGAUGCUGCUGUCUCGUAGAAAUCAGCUGCUGCUGGAGUUCAGCUUCUGGGGUGAACCCGUCCCUCGUCCCGGACCAAACAUCUAUGAGCUCCGAUCAUAUCAGCUCAGACCAGGGACAAUGAUUGAGUGGGGAAAUUAUUGGGCGCGGGCGAUUGAGAUUCGCCAGCAGAACCAGGAGGCCGUGGGAGGCUUUUUCUCACAGAUUGGAAGUCUUUACCAGGUUCAUCACUUAUGGGCUUACAAAGAUCUUCAGACCAGAGAUGAAAUCAGAAAUGCCGCAUGGCAGCGAGAGGGUUGGGAUGAGGUUGUUUAUUACACAGUUCCUCUUAUUCAGCACAUGGACUCCAGAAUAAUGAUUCCUAUGAAGAGCUCCCCUCUGAAGUAACCACCAACAGAAGCAGCCGGCGCUACAGCUACGCUAACCUGUGAAGCGUAACCAACCUCCAGAAUGUACACUGCCAGGAAAUUCAGCACAACCUGAAUACAGUUGUCCUUAUUUUGGUUCUUUAUGUUUCAUAAAUUACUCUUUCUUCUUUUAAUUUGUCUUGGUUUGAAAAAACUCGGUUCAACAAUAAUCUCCAAGAAUGGAUAUAUGCUGUAAUGACUGAAUUGUCAGGGUGUGUAAGAGACAGUUACUCGUUUGGCCUUCUGUAAUCCUAUCAUGGAAAACAUUGAAAUGAUUUGUUAGCUUUGUAGAGGACUUAAACUGAAUCUCUCAAAUCGACCCAAACAGUUGAGCCUUAAAUAUUAUGUUUUAUUAGGAGCACUUGGCUAUAUUCAGAUUUUACUCCCUUUUCUUCGUAACAAAGGUCUUUUUGUUUACAAAACCUCUAACUAACUGUCAGAAUGCAAAGACAAGAUUGGUUUCAGAGGUAUUGCUGAUGCUAAAAAUAAAGUUUCUCUCAAUUUUUGAAGUUUAUAAAGAGAACAUGAAAUGUAGGAAGUUAAAGUUUUGUUGCCCUGCAUUGAAUGAUGUGCUGAAUCUGUUUUCUCUCAAUUGAUCACUCCUCCAGUUUCUUUCUUUAACAUUGUGACACACCUGGCACCUCCAUUUGUGAAAAUAAUGCAGGAUUAUUAAAAUGUUUGUAUUCUAAUUAGAGUCAAUAUUUAUGGAGUUAGCUACUGUGCACUGACUGCUUUGGUUUAUUCUACAAUAAUUACAUCAGGGUGACUGUGUGCUCUAACAGAGAUUCAUUUUUAAGCAAUGCCGUUGUGUUGUUGAUAAGGGGAAUUUUAAAAAAAAUCCAGAGAUAUGGUCACUCCUGUGUCUAUAAGCAACUUUGGUCUUUAAAAUCCCUCCUCGCUGUCAGAGGAGUGGCGCCUCAGAGUGGAAAUGAUAAUACGCAGGGAUUUAAGAACAUUAGUUGUACAUAUUGAAUUAAAUUACUGAUUAAUAGAA